CAAGGAUGAAACAACUUAUGGCUUAAUGCAAUUCGGAAAUAUGUUUUCAGGUGUCAAGAGGAGCACAUGCAAAGGCAGGGGAAUGAGGUAGAGAUCAGGUCCGUGCAUCGUUCCCCGGCUGUUAUUGCCUCGAGCGACGUCACUGCCACCUCGAUGCGUUCUCCAUCAACACUGCACGAAUACUCGCGAUGCAUCAACCGCGCGAAAUGGACUAUACAGAAUGACAGCCUUGCAAAACGUAUCAGGAGAUCGACAUGAACGUCAACGCAACGCUCGCGCUGUCCGGCGUCGAUUAGCAGACAUCACACCGAGUAACUCCAGGAUCCAGACACAGUCCCUCUUCUUUUCGCGAUUGCCUGCGGAAAUCCGAUUUCUAAUCUUUGAGCUCUUGCUAAGCCAGACCCACGAUCACGACCGGCCUAUCAACAUUCAUUCGAUAUCACCACUCUAUCGCCCAGGUCAUACCUACCGCACCAAGAUUCACACAGCAUUACUUCUCACCUGCCGUCUGGUCUAUUAUGAGGCGCAUGCAAUUCCCAUACGAAGUUCGACUCACCAUUUCCGGCAUUUAGGGAGUACCUCCUGGCUCUACGAAGGCGAUGUCUGGCUCCAUCACAUGACGAAGCAGCGCGGCGCAGAUGUUUACCACUUACAUGAUAACCUGGUUGCCCUCAAUCGUCGAAAUUUCACCAAGUUCUUUUUGCCGCAUUUGCGUUGGAAACGAGUUACGUGGACGAUAUGCGCAUACCUCUGGCCCCCGAUCCUGGCUGGCUAUCGUGAGAUCGAUCGAUUGGCCGAGACACUUGCGGGCAUUGAACUGCUAGCCUCUUGUCAAGAAGUCAAUCUAGAGUUCGAAAUCCGGGAGGACGUACCAGAGUUCCGUGAAAGCCUCCAGCAGCAAGCUGAACUCUGUCAAAAGAUUGGAGUGGCAUCUGGCGAAGCCGCUGACGGACAUACAAACAUUGCUCAGCCUGGAGGCACUCAGCAGCCUGCAGGUCUAAGAAGGAGUGACGGAUCAGUACUGCACUUAGACGUGACGAACUCGAAACGGUAUACAUGGGUCGGCAGCGGUCAAGCUCGAUGGGGUACAAGCGCCCUCAUCAGAGAGAAAGAGACUGUGAGGUACCGCACUAUUAGGUUAUGUUGGCGGGCGAGGGUGCCACGAAGAGAGUACAUGAGCUAUGAUCGUAUGAAUUGCUUGGAUCUGACCAACUGUGAGGAGGUCAAAGGCAUCGAUGAAGACAGUGUUGAUAAUCAGUUAUCACGAAUAUCUGUAUAGCUGAAAACCCGACGGAUAACCCCUCGCUUUGGAAUCGUCACAGUAUAAGCGAUAUGAGCCAACUUAACAGAAAUGCAAAGACGGUCCGGAGCACGAG